ACAUUAUGAACCCAGUGACGAUACUCUCCCGCAAGGGAAAUUGAGCUCGGAAAAGAAAGAACAUUUCAGAGAGAAUAAUCCAAUUCUGUUGAUCUGAAAAUUACAUACAACAUCAUAGAGAUUUCCCGAAAAACUAUGAAUGGUCACAUUCCAAUUUAUGUGGUGCAAUAUAAUCAAACAGGGGUAUAAAUCGCAAGUAUCGACAACAAGUAUGGCGGACAAUAUCAUUAUUUUUGAGUUAUUCCCCUUUGCAUAUGCAGGAAUUGAAUGAAGUGGAAACUAUGUUGAAGUAACAUUUUCAUCACAGAUAGACUUUCAUUAAGAAUUUCAUUGUGAAUUGAAGAAUGGAACAAGCUACACGACUGUCACCUGCAAAACUUGUGUUGACAUCUGUUUUGGAACCCAAAGACGAAUUGAAUGAGAAACUGGAGAGAUGUUACAAUACAGUUGCUGGGAUUCAAAACAGUCUCUCCGAGAGGGAAGCUAAUGAUGCUCUCAACUCUUAUGCAUGCCGUGGAACCCCACAACAUGAAGAGGUCCAGUUGGGAUUACUGUAUGGGAUUCUUACAGAUCCCAAAAUGGCACCAAAGCAUUACAGAGACGUGACUUUGGUCAGCCGAGAUGGUCUUACAAUUGUUUUAACCAAAACAAAUCAACUUAUUUUUGAGAAAUGGCUGAAAUUACUAGACAGCACGAGGUCACAGAUUGUCUGGAUAUGCAAGGAGUUGAUACAGAACGGAAUUCUUGGUGCAGACAGUGUAUGUCACAGUCUCAUCAGACAAAUAGCAGGUGGUGACAUAACUCCCAAGAAUAUAUGGCUGACGGAGGUUAUGGUGGACAUAUUUACAGAAAACAGACCAUGGUUGGACAAAUUCCCUAACCUUCUGUCUACGGUGGUGUACACCUACCUCCGCGUGAUCGUGGAUCACUAUGGACAGAUGUUCAACAAUCUCCGCCAGAAAGAGGUGGAGCUGUGUAUCUCAAUUCUUAGAGAAAAAUGGACAGAUUGCCAAGCUGUUGGGAGAGAUUUAGUUCGUCUUCUACAAAAUGUUGCCAGAAUCCCAGAGUUUGAGAAACUUUGGCGAGAUAUGAUGUUAAAUCCUGCAGCUAUUUGUCCAACGUUUACUGGAGUCCAGCAGUUGAUGCACACACGAACGUCCAGGAAAUUCCUAAUCAGUCGACUGACACCAGACAUGGAAAACAAAUUGGUUUUUCUAAUCACAAAGGUUAAAUUUGGCCAACACAAAAAAUAUCAGGAUUGGUUCCAGAGACAGUAUUUAGCCACCCCUGAGAGCCAGUCCCUACGAUGUGAUCUGAUUCGAUAUAUCUGCGCCGUCUUUCAUCCUCCUAAUGAGCUUCUGUGUUCUGAGAUCAUCCCUCGCUGGGCUGUCAUUGGCUGGCUUCUCACGACCUGCACUUCCAAUGUGGCAGCCUCCAAUGCCAAGCUAGCUUUGUUUUAUGAUUGGUUGUUUUUUGAUCCGGAGAGGGACAGCAUCAUGAACAUAGAGCCUGCAAUAUUAGUCAUGUUUCAUUCUAUUCGUCCACACCCCGCCAUUACUGCGACACUGCUAGAUUUCCUAUGUCGGAUUAUGCCAAAUUUUUGUCUGCCAUUAAGGGAACAAGUCAAACAGGGAAUUUAUACAUCUUUAAAAAUCAUUCUGGAGAAAAGAGUCCUGCAGUCCCUGUCACCGCUGUUUGAUAAUAACAAACUAGACCAAGAAUUAAGGAUCCUUAUUCGGGAAAAUUUUAAUGAAUUCUGCUCACAAGAAGUUGUGAAAGAGGAAUCUAUGAACAACAAGGAUAUGAUAGAAAUAGACAAUGGAAACCACGUAGAAAACAAUCUGUCGGACGCGGCAUUCAGUGACGAGGAGGACGAUAUUCCACUAGAAAAGCUCCGACCUGAUUGUACGUUUCAACCAAUUCGAGACACAAGAUAUGACCCGGUGGAUUUAGAUGAAUUUCUUCAACAGCUGGGCGGUGAUAUUUACGAGUAUACAGUCCAGCUCAGAGAUGAAAAAGAUCAAGAGAUUCAGUGUGAGGUGAUGGACAGACUCCUACAGACGAUACUUAGGGAGGAUGAAUGUGACCAAGAUAUGACAGUACCACUGGCAGCCUGUAUUUGUCAGAUCCUGUCCAAUCAACUCAACAGCAACCUCUUUCCCAAAGAUCCUGAUGAAGAGUCUCUGGAAGAUUCCAUAGGAUCGCCCCUCUUUGUCAUGUUUAGGUUUUUAACGACAAUGCCGGAGGAGGAUCCCAACAGACAGCCCAUAUUGCAGCUGAUGGGGGAGAUGUUUACCCGGCAGGCCAGGAUCGGGUACUACCUCCUGUAUUUCAUCAAAGUCGGCAAAGUCAAUGAUGAAAAGAUGAACACAUAUAAGGAUUUCUGUAAAAGUUUAGACAAUAAAGACCUGUCAUCCUGUUUAAUGAGAGACAUAAAGUUAUGUCAGGAGGAUGAUGUGCGCUUGUUUACAUUCCUGAUGCCUGAUAUUUACACUAUAUUCCCUAACAUAGCUAUAGGAAAUGUGGAACUUCUUCACAUGAUUGUUUCAGCUAUUGACGGCACACAGCUGCAAGAACUGAUCUGCCAGAUUCUACAGGGACAUCUUGUAAUGUUUAGAAAAGACUCUUUUCUUUCCAUUUUAAAUGGAAGCUUGGAGUGGGAGACGUUAGAACAGUACUUCCUGUGGCAGCUGAUCUCUGCCCACAACAUCCCCGUGGAUUACAUCAUGCCAGUCCUACCCAAACUUGACUAUUCUGCUCAUGCCGAGGCAUUGUCAAGUAUUCUAGUUCUCCUGAAACAAGAAGGACCCUCCACAGAUCUUAUCCGGCCGAUUCUGUGCAGAGACUAUAAAAAGACGGACUUCUUUGCUGUGUCUAUAUUGAAGUACUGGGCUCAGGAAUACGAAGACAAACUAGCAGAGAUAAUUCUGGCUCAAGUUUCUAAAAUGAAUGGCACUCCAAAGAAACGCCAGAGGGUUGGAAAUGCUGGGGCCAAGAAAGACGGAGUCAGCAUUGAUCAAAUCUUGUCACAUCUAGAUCACAUGAGACAAGUCUGCAAGAACAUUUCAUUUCUGAAUAAUGAAAAUAUACAGCAUGCACUGCAACAGGUUCACCAAGUGUCUAAUGAGACAUUGAAAACGAAAUUCAGUGACCUCCUUGCACUAGCUGAUGACAUCGAAGCCGACUUUAAAUCUGUGCGGGUGUUACGAGGAGUACCAGCCAGAAAGGCGGCCAAUGCCAGCGCUGCGAUGGGAUUGGACAUAAGGAACCCGCGUAAAACCAGCAAGAAAGUCGUACAAGAGAGUAGUGGGUCAACUGAUAGUAGCGAUGAUGAGGAAAUCAAACCAAGACCCAAGAAGAGGAAGAAAGCUAUUCCCGUGGAUGAUGACAGUGAUUGAGCACUCCAUGAAAAUUCAAAGGACACACCUGGAAGUGGAAGUCGUUUCCACAUACCAUAGUGCUCAAAGCAGACGUCAAGUUAAAAUGAUCAGUUCGGAGAAGUUUGGAGUGAUUGAGAGACGGGAGCCAUUUUAUUAUGAAGUCUUUCAUUUUACCAGGAUGUGAACAACAUUUUUAUCUGUGGUAGCAAAAGAGAAUUUGUGGUAGCAAAAGAGAAUCUCAUCUUCCGAAAUACUGUGUAUAUUAAUACCAUAGGUGGAUGCAAACUUCUGAAGACAUCAGGUCGUGUCGAGUGUUGGUUACAGGUUGUUAGUGAGAUGCCCGGCUGUGUCUCUUUCUGACAUCAGCCAAACUAUUGUGCAAAUCAGUGACAUCGGACACAUUUUUGCACACAACACAACUGGCUACAACUGACAGGCAGCAGUGCUGUAUGGCUGGCCUGAAUCAUGUGAAAAUGGGCAGCAUCUGUUAUAGCUAGCCUGGUCCUUGCAUAGGCAGCACUGUGUGUAUCCAGAACAAUCAAUUUUACCUCUCGUGAGACGAGAUCAGUUUUAAAGAAUACCGUGUUCUAAUAACAAAUUUGUGAUGACAACCAUCCGUCUUGAAAUUUCAUUACACAUGUAUUUCUAUGUCCAGUUUUGUUACCUGAUAUCUUAUAUUAAAAAUAUCAAAUUUUGAA